GAAACCGCCGGUUAGUGCAGAAGAAUAAGAAAUAGAAGAAGGGGGCGUCCUCUCCGCUGACAGUCCGCCAUGCUCACCCUGCUGCACCACUGUAGUCGUAACUUCUUGACAUUCAGCACAAUUCAGACAGUUCAUAGAAGUUACUACACGACACAGAUGGGUAAGCGCGUGGCUGUGGUGUUGGCAGGCUGCGGAGUUUAUGAUGGCAGUGAGAUCCACGAGGCCUCCGCUGUUUUGGUCCACCUGAGCAGAGGAGGUGCAAGUGUAAACAUGUUUGCCCCAAACAUUGACCAGAUGCAUGUGGUGAAUCACCUGAAAGGCGAACCGUCUGAAGAGAAGAGAAAUGUGUUGGUGGAGAGCGCAAGACUGGCCCGUGGAGACAUCCAGGACCUGUCUAAACUCAGUGUUAAAGACCAUGAUGCUGUUAUCUUCCCAGGCGGUUUUGGUGCAGCGAAGAACCUCUGUACGUGGGCUGUGCAGGGGAAGGACUGUUCCGUUAAUGACGAGGUUAAGGCCACGCUGCAGGCGUUCCACGGCGAGGGUAAACCCAUCGGCCUCUGCUGCAUCUCACCUGUCCUGGCUGCCAAGGUGUUUCCUGGCUGUGAGGUCACCGUUGGUAUCGAGAAGGAUGACAAGUAUCCCGACACUACUGACACCGCAGCGGCCAUCAACCAGUUGGGCUGCAAGCACGUGAGUAAGAGCGUCAGCGAGAGCCACGUGGACGAGAAGAACAAGCUGGUCACCACCUCUGCGUUCAUGUGCAAAGCUCCAAUCCACGAGAUAUUUGAUGGAAUCGGAGCGAUGGUGCAGGAUGUGUUGAAACUUGCUUGAAGUGUACUAGAAAGAUGGUGGAAACGGAAAGAAAAGAACGGGGUGCUGUUGUUUAAAAGAGCUUAAUAGUUGCUGCAGCCUGCUGAACUGAGAUAGAAUAAUGUUACAGUAACUCUUCGAUUUAAAAGCACUUCCAGAUACUCUUAAAAUAUACGUUUGUAAAAGUAAUACAUGGUCUGAUUUAUUUUGACUAAAUCUUAUUGGAUUAUAUUCUAAUGCAGUGGAUCCAUAUAAUGAUGGCAAUGCUAAUCACAUUUUAGAAAAUCAACAGCAACUAUUGUACAAAAAAAAUGCAAUAAAAUGAUAAAAUGAAACUGUUCACUUUU